AUGGUGUUCAAAAGAGUUUGGGACACAUCCUGCCCUCACGUGUGGGACACUUGGAAAGCCGACGGUGUUACCUGGGUGGAGGACGAUGAAGAAGCGUUACAGAUUCUGUUAGAGCAUCUAUGCCCGGAUGAGCAUCUCAAUGCAUUAAGCAGGAGCGGACGUGGACGUGCAUACAGCUACAUAUUUUUCUAUAACCAAAGAAUGGGUUUUAAAAGAGUUUGGGAUUCAUCCUGCCCUCGUACAUGGCACUCGUGGGUAGCUGACGGCGUCACCUGGGUAAUGCGCGACCUUCGACCGGAGGAUGAUGAAGAAGCUAUCAGGAUUUUAGUGGAGCAUCUGUGUCCAGAUGAAGUGCUGUGCACUCUGAGUGAUUUUAUGAAUGAUCCUGCCAGUGUUAGCGGUAUAGCAGAAUUCUGGCGUGGCUGUUUAGCCGAACGAACGUCCAUAGGCUGCUAUGAGGAAAAAGAUGGGAAUAGUAAACUAGUGGGGUUAAAUGUUUGCGUGAUCUUGUGCCAAGGAGACGACCCCGAUUUUGUGAUUAAAGGCAAAGCUUGGAACAACGUGUACAAGGCGAUGAAAGUGUGCGAUAAAGUGGACACCUUCAAACUGUUGGGCGUCAACAAGCUUCUGUACGGGCUAGGCUUGGUUGUCUCUAGAGAAUAUCGUGGACAUAAAUUGGGGUCUACGAUACUCACUGCAAGAGAGCCUUUAGCCCUUUAUCACGGUGUAACAGCAGCCAGUACAGUUUUCACGGGGCCAGCAUCCCAGAAAAGUGCACAACGCGCUGGGUACUCUACCGCCCUUACUGUAACACUUAAGGAACUAGCUGAAGCCGGCCUGGACUAUCCACCUGAUGAAAACAGGUGCAUUAAGCUCAUGGUGAAGAACUUCACAUAG